AUGCGCUUAAAUCGUGUGGCAAAGAUUGUUGCUGUUUUCCUUGGACUCUCAUUUAUUAGCAUAGUUCAAGCCGUCGUGUUAUCUGAAGGUGAAUCUAGUAAUGUAAAAUAUUCUGAAAGAUUAGCACGCGCAAGAUCAUUUGAUAGUCUCCUAGCCCUCGCAGAUCGUGAUAUGGAAGUUGGCGAAAAGUCACAUAUACCCAUAGAUCUCAGUAACUACUUGGAAACCAAGCAGCCACCACUCAAUGAUACCAUUUUAACAUCCUACGGCAAUCCCGCCUUCAACGAAAUGUUUGAUAACAUCACGGACAAUUACCCCGAAUAUUCCAAAUUCCUUGAAAACGCAUCGACGAGAGAAAUCAUGAACCUCCGUCUCAAAGUCAUGACUUAUUACAAAAGUGAUAGUGAAUAUGGCAAUAUCCAGAACAGAUUCGAUAAUUUCAUUAGGGAUUUCAGACCUAAAACAGUUUCGUUUGAUAAAUUUUGUUUUUCAAUCAUGGAUUAUCUUAUUUUCCCAGGCUUGGGUGUCGAGUCGUAUUCGCCGGUUGCGUUGGCCGGACUGCGUAAAAGCGUGGUCAGCACAAUCCCCAGAAACGCCACUGCAGCACAAAGAAGGGACUUUGUUGGUGUUGUCGACGACAUUAUUUUCAAGUAUUUAACCGGAGAAGAUAUAUCUAGCUAUUCUACAAAUAAGGCCUGA